GAGACUGAUGCAGUAAAUAAACAGCAGAAAAUGUCGAGCACAAGCGCCGCCACUUCAUCCCUCCCGCCUCCGUCACCGCAGACCUCCAACAGCACAAUGUCCUCGCAUGCUCCUCCGACAUCGCCUGGCCAGGUGGCCACGGCGCCGGUAGUUGCCUCGAUACCCAAUGAUACCCUGACGCAAUUUCGAAGCUUCUUAUCACAGCCUGUGACGGCAGCCUUCUGCGCCGGUGGCAUCGCGGGCGCCGUGUCACGGACGGUUGUGUCGCCGCUCGAGCGGCUGAAGAUCCUCUUCCAGAUCCAGAGCGCCGGGCGCGAGGAGUACAAGCUGUCGGUUGGCAAGGCGCUCAAGAAGAUGUGGCAGGAGGAAGGGUGGCGGGGCUUCAUGCGCGGUAACGGCACCAACUGCAUACGGAUCGUGCCGUACUCAGCUGUGCAGUUUGGCUCGUACGGCUUCUACAAGCGGACGCUGUUCGAGUCCAGCCCCGGCGCGGACCUGACGCCGAUCGAGCGCCUCAUAUGUGGCGGCAUCGCGGGCAUCACGUCAGUGACCUUUACUUACCCGCUCGACAUUGUGCGGACGCGCCUCUCGAUCCAGUCGGCGUCGUUUGCCGAUCUCGGCGACAAGCCCAAGGAGCUACCGGGCAUGAUGGCCACGAUGAUGCGCAUGUACCGCGACGAGGGAGGGAUCAUGGCGCUGUACCGCGGCAUCGUGCCCACCGUCACGGGUGUGGCACCAUACGUCGGUCUCAACUUCAUGACGUACGAGUUUGUGCGCACGCGCCUGACGCCUGAGGGUGAGAAGAACCCCAGCGCUGCCAGGAAGCUGCUUGCAGGUGCCAUCUCGGGAGCUGUCGCGCAGACUUGCACAUAUCCAUUUGACGUUCUGAGAAGACGGUUCCAAAUCAACACCAUGUCUGGUAUGGGAUACCAGUACAAGUCGAUCCCGGACGCCGUCAAAGUAAUUGUGAUGCAAGAGGGCAUCAAGGGGUUAUAUAAAGGCAUCGUACCGAACCUUCUCAAGGUAGCGCCGAGUAUGGCGUCAAGUUGGUUGAGUUUUGAGGUCUUCAGGGAUCUCUUCGUAUCCUUGGACCCUAAGGAGAGGGCUAUGUGA